AUGGCUGGUUUGGUCCCCAGCCCCCAGCGAUUUCUACUAAGGCUGCAGAAGUACAACUUUGUACUCACGUAUAAGAAAGGUGAAACUAUGUAUCUUGCUGACACUCUGAGCAGGGCAUAUCUUGAUGUCGGGGACAAAACAGCUCAGCUGGAUGAUACAGUGACUGUAAAUAUGGCACAGUCCUUGCCAAUCUCGGAACCACGACUGCACGAGAUACAGAAGCAAACUCUCAGGGAAGUCAUAUUGGAAGGUUGGCCGGAGUCCAAGUCAAAGACACCUGCUCUUGCGCAACCAUACUUCCAUGUUCGCGAUGAACUUGCGGUCCAGGAUGGAAUUAUCUUUCGUGGGGAACGCGCUGUGAUUCCUAGGACACGAAGAGCAGAUAUUAUGCAGAAAAUUCAUUCUUCGCAUGUUGGAGUCGAAGGUUGCCUGCGGAGGGCACGUGAAACAGUUUAUUGGCCAAGGAUGAACUUUGAGGUACGCGACUAUAUAGAACAGUGUGACUACCUACAGGACACCACAUCGAAGACGGUAAUCCGAGCCUUGCGUAGUCAGUUUGCGCGUCAUGGAAUACCUGAUAUUCUGUGUAGUGAUAAUGGUCCUCAGUUUAGCUCUGAUGAAUUCCGGCGUUUCAGCAAAGAAUGGGAAUUCGAUCAUGUUACCUCGUCGCCAGGUUACGCUCAAAGCAAUGGAAAAUCUGAACAAGCAGUCAAAACUGCGAAGAGGUUAAUGAAGUUGGCUAAAACUUCACACAAAGACCCAUUUCUGGCACUCCUUGAUUUCAGAAACACUCCGUCACAGGGUAUGGACAGUAGCCCUGUACAGCGUCUAAUGAAUAGGCGCACAAAAACGCUGAUGCCGACUAAAGCAAGUCUUUUGAAACCAGAAGUUCAGAUGUCGUCAAAUGCAAAGAAACAGUUGAAGGGUGUUAAGGAACGACAAGCUUUCUACUACAAUCAAACUGCGAAAAACCUGAAACCUCUAGGUAAUGGAGAAGUUGUAAGAAUAGCUCCACAUGAGAGUAUGUUAAACAACCAGAAAACCUGGAAACGUGGUGUUGUAAAGGAACAAGUUAACAAGAGGUCAUAUGAUGUCACCACUGAGGAUGGAAGGACGUAUCGGCGAAACCGGCGUCAUCUGAGACUGUCAAAGGAAACUUUCACACCGAAAGCUCAGGAUUUUGGACCGAAUGUGGAAAUGGAGAAGGAACCACAUGUGGCCCAGGAACCACAUGUCGAGACCAGUUUGGUACCACCACCUGAAGCACCACCCAACAUGUCUAUCAGGACCAGGUCAGGCAGACAGGUGGCUCUUCCUUCUAAAUUUAAAGAUUUCGAUCUGUCCAAGUGA